CGCGCGUGUCAUGUGCGAUCGAUUUUUCGCGAUUAAUUUGUCUCUCUUCUGAGUACCGUGAUAUCUGUGCUUGAAGAAAGUUUGCGGCGGAAAGACGUGUUGCUAGGUGUCCGAUCCUUCAGUCGUAGAGGAUUUCGUGAUCCCGUUUCUUGCUAGGUGAAUCAACAAACAUAUACUGCCAUGGGUAUUCCAGCUGGUGAUGUUGAGAAAGGAAAAAAGCUGUUCGUUCAGCGGUGCUCGCAGUGUCACACUGUCGAAGCUGGAGGCAAACACAAAGUCGGCCCGAACCUGCACGGAAUGGUAGGACGUAAGACCGGUCAGGCGGCCGGAUUUUCCUACACAGACGCAAACAAGGCUAAGGGAAUCGUUUGGAACGAAGAUACCUUGUUUGAAUACUUGGAAAAUCCGAAAAAGUACAUCCCUGGUACGAAAAUGAUCUUCGCUGGCCUGAAAAAACCAAACGAACGUGCCGAUCUGAUCGCCUAUCUCAAAUCGGCAUGUGCCUAAAUUUCGCCAUUCGACAUCUGGAUUGAAAGCAGUAACAACUGCUAGAACUUUUCAAAACGAGAAAUAACAACAGCAGAACGAGAGAGAGAAAAAGAAGCAAAGCCCUCGCACCUUCACCCAUUUGAACACAAAUCCGAUUAGGAAAAUUUUCUUAAUAUUUUUAACUUUAUUUAUACAUUAGAUUAAAGAAACGUAACAAGAUGUGGCCAACGAGCAGCUUCACCGUUCGUACAACUGUGAAAUGCUGUGAGUCGAUGAAUGCCUCCGAUUUUACGAAGGAAUUCACACCGAGCGAUGUAGUAUUAUGAAAAACUAAAGUGAAUACCAACAGCAAUGGACGUUGAAGAGAGUAAAAUAAGUAGGAAAAAUAAUUUCAGUUAUGUUUUUCCCGAGUCGAUUGCUUUCAAUCUUUUCUCUUGCAUCACAUCAUCUGGGUGUGACUUAGAUAUCGACAAUUGGACAAACACGUCUAGAACAAGAACACAAACACAUUAUGUUUUUGAGGACGAACUACUAAAAUAGUGCAACUUUACCGAAUUCCGAUUAGAGAUCAGUUACGGAAUAAUAAACCACGAAAAUGGUGUGAUAACUAA